AGUAUUAUUUGCUUCAAAAGGUAUAAGGGGGCUUUCCUCAUGUUUUCAUUAACAACAUUACACCGUGCUCUGGUGGGACCACAUUAGCCUGAAGAAGAAGGGGUAGCAUUCGUUUUGGUUAUCCCGAUCCGUUGAGUCGCGGAAAACUGUGAUCCCGAUGAGACAUACAAAGUUUUCCCUGGUAAUUGGCUGUUGCUGCUGCUAGUAGUCGUGUAGGAGAAACGGAUAAGUUCUACGAAUUGGAGUCGUAACCGAGAGUUUGCAAACGAGGUAACCCCAUCGUUCCCGGAACGCAGAGCGCUCUGGUCUAAACAAGGAAGUCGGAAACCAUGGGCAAUCCUAGUCUGACGUACGAAAUCCUACUCUAUCUGAAUUCGUUCUAUUUUGGGCUGUUUGCCGCGUGUGAGCUGGGAAUGAUGACAUUGAAGGCCGUAAAUCUUCAAUACCCCCAGCAGAUCCUACUCCGGGAGAUAAUCAUCCUGGUGGCGCUCUGUGUGAUUGAAACGGUGCGCAUCAUCCUCGGCCGAAAGGGCAGCCUCAGCGAUCACGGCUGGCAGGUCAUUUUAUCGGUAUUCCUUACGAUUCCUUGCGCGAUGGGAGUCAGUUAUCUCCUGUUCUAUCAAUUACACCGAUUACGCCUCGAAUACAUCCUAUGUGCCUUAAUGUUAUCACUUCAGACAGCCGAACUAAUGUUUGCGAUACUGUUCGUAUUUUCACUCUGCCGUCCAACCUCGUACGAUUAGGUUUCGUCCCAGUUACUUAACUUACUGAUUUCUAUUACCCCUACCGUUUUUCUUCAGACUCAGAUUUCGACAAACGAAAAACCUCGACAAGCUAGCGAUAAAUUAUUUAUAAAAUGUCGAAACCGUAGAAGCUGGGAGCUUCCAUGAGCUUUUUUUUAUUUUUGGAUUUUUUUUUAGUUAAAAGAAUAAGAGCAAGAGCAUUGAUAACUCAUACCAGCCAAAUUCCAAAAGAAGCUUAAAAACGACUUAAUAUUUCUGACUACUAACUCUCGAGCCAAAACUAAUCAGGCCAAAUUAUCCCCGCAGAAAGACAAUACACACAAAAAAUGUUUCAAAAGAAAGAACAAAAUCGGAUCGCAAAUGAUAAUCGAUAAUCUAGGCACAUCGUUUUUUUCGUUCACUUUUCUUUGUGCACUUUUCUUAACUACCCCACAACUUCAACAAAUUGGCUUUUGAAUCAACUUUACCUGACCGCAUCUACAACAUUUGUACUGAGGCACGCGCACAUAACCGGUCAUAAAUUUCAUCCCAGAGUUCGAAUAUUUUUUGUAGAUUUUAAGAUUUUGCUAACACUAUAACUCGUAAGUAAUCGAUCUGUAACCGAACUAAUUACUAAUUACUGCCCAUGUUAAUUUAUGUGCUUUUCAACAUCCAUUUAAAGUCUAGUCACGCAACCAAAGAUAAUGAAUGCUCUUUCUUUCGAGAUUUCAAAAAGUCAACUAGUCUUACACAAUAACUUGUAGUAAAAACUCUCAAUAUUUAAAUAAGUGGUAAAAAAGGAUGGAUGUUCCUGUAGAUGCAGUUUGAUCUAAAUUUACAUUUCCACUGUCUCAAGUAAACUCAAUUAGAUAACAUGCUUCGUGUAGAAGCACUUUAUAAUCAAUCAAAAGCAUACUACUAAUGCUAGUAAUUAACUUGCAGUAUAGAAGCAUCCAACCUACUAAUAUGCAUACACAUAUACUCGAAAACUCAGACAUAUAAACACAGAACACACACAUACAAAACAAAAACAAACGGGAUGCGGAAAAAUAAAUAAAUUCGAUUAUGAUGAAAAAACUCAGUCAAGUAGAUGGUAUCAGAGAAAAAAACGGUUUUACCUUUUCAAAGUUGUUUUAUUAAGAAAAAAAAACUAAAUGUAAUCAGAUUAGGAGUAACAGUAGUUAUUUGAGAAAAAAUAAAAUAAACAAUGAAAUUCUGCAAUAUUUAUUCAAGCAACAAAUCAACAUUUUAGAUCGUUUAUACCAAAACCAUAUACGAAACGCAUAUAAUAGAUAAGAAUUGAGUCGUUGUAAUGUGGUUUUUCAUGAUAUAUUAAGGUUUUUGACAGCUCAGUUGUUGCAUUCACGAGAAAACAAAAUAAAAAAUGUAAAAUAAAACUCCGUUUCAAUGUACUCAUCAAAUUCUAACUUAUAACGGUACACUUUUUAAGACAUCCUCGCUGUAAGGAAAAAAACCGCUCUCUAGGAGAAAUACUAGCAAUCUUAUAAUGAACCAAAUUGCGUAACCACAUCUACAGAUAGCAUUAGAUUCUUGCCUCUUUGAAAGACAGGUUUUUAGGGGAUUCUUACCCAUAUACCUUUUAUAAACAACUUCUAGGCAACAAGUAACUCACUGUGACCAUUAACACUCAAAUCUCAAAUCCACAGAGCAAAGACGAACUUUUUUAACUUAUUCUAAAAUCUAAAACUUCCCUUCACGAACUGAAACCGAUAGUGAUGAUGGAAAGAGAGAGAGAGAGGAAGAAAGAUAGAGAGAGAAACAGAAAUGGAAACGGUCUGCUAGAAUUCAGCAGCAUGGUACUCGCAGAUCUCGUCAAGUCCUUUUAUAUGUCCAAAUAUGUAGCAACACAGAAAACUAAAUAGUUUGACGACAUUUUCAAGCGUAUCUUUUUUACUACCUGUAACAAAAAAUUAAAAAAUCAAAAAUUAGAGAAUGUUUAAAUCGAACCGAUCCCAAGACAAGACAUCUAAUCGAUGCUGUGUUCUUCUGUUUUUCAUAAAUCUAUAAAGUAAAAGACUUUGUAAUAAAACAAAAACCAAAUAUCUUUACGCCCACUCCAGGUAACUUACUGUAAACGGAAA